CCAGUUAUUGCUCUCCUUCCCAUCAUCGAUCGGUUCAUUCUUAUAUUCCUCUCCUCCACCACUUUGCCCUAUCUCCGACUCCUUCCUCUCUCCUUGUUCCCCAAGCAAGAACCCUAGAAAAGUCGUCGUCGUCGCCCUAGCGGAAACCCUAGAGUCGGAGGAGGAGGAGGAGGAGGAGAGGUGGGGGAGAUGAGGGCGUCGGAGUCGCGGUUCCUGCAGGAGCUGGUGCUGUACGCAGCGAGCGCGGCGCUGAGUUGCCUCGUCCUCUUCGCGGGGCUCCGCCACCUCGACCCCAACCGCGCCGCGUCCAAGAAGGCCCUCGAGCAGAAGAAGGAGAUCGCCAAGCGCCUCGGCCGACCCCUCGUCAACACCACCCCCUACGAGGAUGUGAUAGCUUGUGAUGUAAUCAAUCCCGAUCAUAUUGAUGUGGAGUUUGAUUCUAUUGGUGGUUUGGAGCAUGUUAAGCAAGCGCUAUUUGAGUUAGUUAUCCUUCCUCUCCGCCGUCCUGAACUGUUUGCACAUGGAAAGCUUCUUAGUCCUCAAAAGGGUGUGCUCUUGUAUGGACCACCAGGAACUGGAAAGACAAUGCUAGCAAAGGCCAUUGCAAAAGAAUCUGGUGCUGUUUUUAUAAAUGUUAGGAUAUCAAAUUUGAUGAGCAAAUGGUUUGGUGACGCUCAAAAACUCGUGGCUGCUGUGUUUAGCCUGGCUUACAAACUCCAGCCUGCUAUUAUUUUCAUUGAUGAGGUUGAUAGCUUCCUGGGACAACGCCGUACUACAGAUCAUGAAGCCAUGACUGCCAUGACUAACAUGAAAAUUGAAUUUAUGUCAUUAUGGGAUGGCUUCACCACAGAUCAGAAUGCACGUGUGAUGGUUCUUGCUGCAACAAACAGGCCAUCGGAGUUAGACGAGGCAAUACUAAGACGUUUUACACAGACCUUUGAGAUUGGCAUUCCUGAUCAAAAUGAAAGGGCCAAGAUACUAAAGGUUAUUUUGAAGGGAGAAAGAGUUGAAGAUGGAAUUGACUAUGAUUAUAUAGCCAGCUUGUGUGAGGGUUUUACUGGUUCAGAUAUUCUCGAGUUGUGCAAGCAAGCGGCCUUCUUCCCUGUGAGGGAGUUGCUGAGCGAUGAAAAGAAUGGGAAGGCAAUGGGCAGACCAAGAGCACUAAGGCAGUCCGAUCUUGAGAGAGCCCUGUCAACAUCCAGAAAGGCGAGAAGAACAGCAACCGGCUCGAUCUCAGGGCUACAGUCUCCUGUGUGGGCACGGCAGGCAGAGCCAGAUGAUGACCAGGUCCAUAGUGCCAUCUUUGAGAUGACAAAGCUCAUGUCUCGGAUCGUUCAGAACAGCCAAUCGUCAGAAGCCCAAGAACCUACUUCACCAUAGGAUUACAAAAAAGAUGGUUCUUUUUUAUUAACUGCUCAGCUUGUGAGGUUAUAGCUGUGAAAACGAUGCACUCAUAUCUUUUUUUUCCCUUUUUUUUUAUAUCCGCUGCUUAUUUACACGGUUCUUUUGUGGCUUGGUGCUACACUUAUUAAACCGUUCACUCCAGCAACCGAUCUUUCCACUGUAUGGCUUAUAUGAACAGUUCUUGUGCAGGUUAAAUGUGUUACCAAGUUGUUAUUUUGCUGUUUAUAAGAUGGAGAAGAGAGAGGAACUAUAAAAAGGGAAAUUCUAGGAGAAAACUUGUCAUAUGCUCGCUGUAUUCAUUCAUGCCAUACCGUGGCAAAUUUUGGUACAAAUAUAUGCCCAGAAAAUGGUUGCAGUUGGAAAUCUAGUUAUCAGUAGUAUAUAUUAAUGUAUUGUUUAUCUUGUCAAAUGUUUCCUCUCUUUGAUCUUUCACUGUAUGCAUUUUCUUAGUAGUAUGAAGAUGUAAGAUGAAUUAAAACACAUGUUGAGAUGGAUCUAAUCUCUAGUAGUAAUGAUACUGGAUGUCUGCGAGA